AUGAAGGCGGCUGCGUUAGUAGUGAACAGCAGCACUUUUCCUGUCUUGGGGAAUGAAUUACAGACUCCCAUCAUAGAGGGAAUUGCAACCGUGACGAAAGGAUCUCAGCUGACACUCAAUUGCAGUGUAUCCGGGCAUGAGAAUGGGAAUUUGGAGUUGGAAUGGAUUUUUCAAAUCCCUGAACAUAAUGGGCGAAUCGAACAAAAAGUGUUCCGAAGCGGUCGUCAUAUGAACCGCCUCGUUGUGAGGAAUGUCACUUCCAAAGAUGAAGGAAUUUAUACCUGCCGUGCCACAUCCCUUAAGAGCACCAAGGAAGCCCAUAUAAAUGUCAUCGUGCAAGAGGGACACGUGCAUGUUACGCCAAAAGAGGCUUGGGGGUUUGCCUAUCUUGGGGAGGAGAAUGUGGAAUGGAAGCUGAAAGUGGAUGCAGAACCCACACCGAAUUUCGUCUUGAAACACAACGAGUUUGAAAUGUCCCAGAAUGGAGAAAUAUUUACUAUCGAGGUAAAACCGACAGGGGAAAUGACAGUUCAAUUUAAGUAUAUUGAUACGGAAGCAUAUGGUAACUACACACUCGUUGUGGGAGCUGGGAUCAAAAAGGAGAAGGCGAUCUUAUAUCUCAACCCCAGACGUCCUUAUGACAUCGUUCAAGUCACACUGGCAUCCAUUGCUGUUUUUUUACUCGUGGUUGUCACUGGUAUCACCAUCUACUACAAUCGAGUUGGGAAAGGUCGAGUUCUCCACAUGCUGUUGACGAAGGUGCAGGUGAAAUGGUUUCAUGAAGGACAACUGGGAAACAUCAACCCCGCACUUGAUCUUGGCCAAAAGGCAUACUAUCUGCCAUAUGAAGAUCGCUGGGAAUUCCCUGCAGACAAGCUAAUACUAGGGGAGGUGAUUGGUCGUGGUGAAUACGGUGUUGUUGUGAAAGCCGUGGCCAUUGGAAUCCUUGAUUCGGAGAUGGAAACGCCAGUGGCCGUGAAGAUGAGCAAGCCAGAUUCGGACCCGAUCCACUACAAGGCCCUUAUAACGGAGUUAAAAAUCAUGAGUCAUCUUGGGAAUAAUCAAAAUAUCGUCAAUCUCCUGGGAGCUUGCACCAGAGAUAUUGCGCAUGGGAAUCUCAUGAUCGUGAUGGAGUACUGUCCGAAUGGAUCUUUGGAGCGUUACCUUAGGCAACACCAAAACCACUAUAUCGACAUGAUCGAUCAUCAGACUGGGAGGAUCAGUCGCAGUCUUCCACGUGGACCUCAAGGAGAUGGGCCUGAUAGGGGAGGGGAUGAGGGAUAUGUGAUUAUUGCUAUGGAUUCUGACGUAAAUGAUAACAAUGGAUCCCUCGGUCAAGCAAUUAAAUGGAUGGCAUUGGAGUCCCUAACCAAAGACAAAGUGUAUACCUGCCGGUCAGAUGUUUGGGCAUUCGGAGUAACGAUGUGGGAGGUAUUCAGCCUCGGGAAUCAUCCGUAUCCGAACAUUGAGCGGCCUGAGACCCUCAUCAAGUACUUGGAGGAUGGAAAUCGUAUGGAGUCCCCAGCGUACGCUAAUGACAAGCUGUGA